GCCGCUGCUGUCAAAUUCCAUUCAAGCAUCUUUCGCCGUCAGCGUGUUUGGGAAAUUGUGUGACAAAAAUUAAAAUAAGCGGCGAUUUGUUUGUUUCGUGAUAAAUCUGAACUCAAAUCAUGGAUGUAGCAGAUGCACAAAUCGGACAAUUACGUGUAAAAGAUGAGGUGGGGUUGCGAUGUCAGAAACUUUUUCAGGACUUCUUGGAAGAAUUCAAGGAAGAUGGCGAAAUUAAGUAUGUGAAACCUGCUGCAGAUUUAGAAUCGCCGGAUCGCUAUACAUUGGAAGUGUCUUUCGAUGAUGUCGAGAAGUACAAUCAGAAUUUGGCUACCACAAUUAUUGAAGAAUACUUUCGAAUAUACCCUUUCCUCUGCCAAUCGGUUUCUAACUUCGUCAAGGAUCGUUGCGGCCUGAAAAAUGAGAAAGAAUGUUACAUAUCUUUCACUGAUGUGCCUACACGUCACAAAGUGCGCGACUUAACAACCUCCAAGAUUGGCACUUUGAUCCGCAUUUGCGGCCAAGUGGUACGUACACAUCCUGUACAUCCGGAACUUGUGACCGGUACUUUCAUGUGCAUAGAUUGUCAAACGGAAAUUCGAAAUGUAGAGCAGCAAUUUAAAUUCACCAAUCCAACUAUAUGUCGAAAUCCUGUUUGUAGUAAUCGACGUCGUUUCAUGCUGGAUGUGGAAAAAUCACUUUUUGUUGAUUUCCAAAAAAUACGCAUACAGGAAACACAAUCGGAGUUGCCGCGCGGUUGCAUACCGAGAUCUGUUGAAAUUAUUUUGCGUUCAGAAUUGGUGGAAACUGUGCAAGCGGGAGACCGUUACGAUUUUACUGGCACAUUGAUAGUUGUACCCGAUGUAGGUGUAUUAAAUAUGCCCGGCGCUAAAGCUGAUAUGGGUUCGCGGCAUAAACCAGGAGAUGGGCCUGAGGGUGUGACUGGUUUAAAGGAAUUGGGUACCCGAGAACUUAACUAUCGCAUGUCAUUCUUGGCCUGUAGUGUACAAGCAACAACAGCACGUUUUGGCGGUACUGACCUGCCUAUGUCUGAGGUAACUGCGGAGGAUAUGAAAAAACAAAUGACCGAUGCUGAAUGGAACAAAGUUUAUGAAAUGUCCAAGGAUCGUAAUUUGUACAAUAAUCUUAUCACCAGCUUGUUUCCUUCCAUCUAUGGUAACGAUGAGGUCAAACGUGGCGUUUUGCUUCAACUCUUUGGUGGUGUCGGAAAAACUACACAUGAAAAAACAACUUUGCGUGGUGAUAUCAACGUUUGCAUCGUAGGUGAUCCUAGUACUGCCAAAUCUCAGUUUCUGCGUCAAGUCGCCGACUUCUCACCGCGCGCAGUUUACACAUCCGGCAAGGCUUCUACUGCAGCUGGUCUUACUGCUGCCGUGGUGCGUGAUGAGGAGAGUUUCGAUUUUGUUAUUGAAGCUGGCGCCCUAAUGUUGGCUGACAACGGCAUCUGCUGCAUUGAUGAGUUCGACAAAAUGGAUCCGCGCGAUCAAGUCGCCAUCCACGAAGCUAUGGAACAGCAAACAAUUUCUUUGGCGAAAGCUGGUGUGCGUGCCACAUUAAAUGCGCGCACUUCAAUUUUGGCGGCCGCAAAUCCCAUUAACGGCCGGUAUGAUCGUACAAAAAGCUUGCAGCAGAACAUACAGUUGUCAGCACCUAUUAUGUCACGUUUCGACUUAUUCUUCAUACUCGUAGAUGAAUGCAACGAAGUUGUGGACUAUGGCAUAGCACGCAAAAUUGUCGAUCUACAUUCGCAUAUAGAAGAAUCCGUUGUAUGUGCUUAUACGCGCGAAGAAGUAUUGCGCUACAUCACAUUCUCACGCCAAUUCAAGCCAAUUAUUGGCGAAGAAGCGAAGAAGUUGCUCGUUGAGAAUUAUGGGCACUUGCGACAACGUGACACAGGUGUUGCGGGUCGUAGUACGUGGCGUAUAACGGUGCGUCAGUUGGAGUCAAUGAUUCGACUAAGUGAAGCAAUGGCGAAACUUGAAUGUAUGAAUGAAGUACAGGAGCGACACGUAAAAGAAGCUUAUCGGUUGCUUAACAAAUCAAUUAUACGAGUCGAACAGCAGGACAUUCAUCUGGACGAUGACGAAGGUAAUGAAGAUGCCUAUAUUGGCGAUGUAGAAAUGGAAAAUAACGCUGCAGUAGCCAAUGGUUCCACUAAUAUCAUUGCCACGGAUGGUGCAUACGCAGAAGAGGUUGCUGAAGCGGGUGGAAGCGCUUUGCAAAAGAAAAAGCUUACAUUGUCAUUUGAAGAUUAUAAAAAUCUAUCCACUAUGCUGGUGCUGCAUAUGCGUAACGAGGAAGCACGCUGCGAGACAGAAGGAGCCGAUACUGGUAUGAAGCGCAGUGAUGUGGUUACCUGGUAUUUAGAGCAAGUAGCCGAUCAAAUUGAAACAGAAGAGGAGCUUAUCUCACGCAAACAUUUAAUCGAGAAAGUUAUUGAUCGUUUAAUAUAUCACGAUCAAGUGAUUAUACCUUUGAAGACAACUGAGCUGCGACAGCCCGGCAAGAGUCCGCGGCGCACCGAGGAAGACGCGGAGGAACCGGACGAUCCAUUGCUGGUCGUGCAUCCCAAUUACAUUGUGGAAUGAAGCAGAAGUAUUAGGGACCACAAAAGACAAAUUUCGCACGCAGUUACAUUUUUUCCAUAUGAACAGUUUUGGUCUAAACUACUAGAAUUAAGUUAUAUGUUAUUGAAUGCAUUUUACUUCGAACUAUGCAUGUAUGUAUACAUGGGUUCACUGUUGAGUACAAAAAAAAGGAAAACAUUUUUAUAAAUCGAGAUUUUUUAGUUAGUUCUUACUUCAUGCCUAAUAUGAGAAUUGCAAACACUUCAGUAAUUACAUAGUGGGUUGCUUUUUGGAAUAGGGAAGAUUUUUUCAACACCUAAACCCAAUAGACUGUGAGUCAACUUGGAAAUGCAGUCGUACAAACGGAAAACCAUGCACGUUGCCAAAUCUACCCGAGGAAACUCGUUGCGAGAACCUCCACUUAGCAAAAAACGAGACGCUCUUGAAGGGAAGGUGCUGCUACACCGUUGUGGCAAUCCACAUUAGACAAAUCUCUGGAAGCUUUCUU